AUGUACAGCCACCUUGUUUUCUACAGAGCGUCAGUCUGCCAAUGCACAUCAACUAGUUCUUCAUUAAUUCAGAAGUAAACCUACUGAGUCUGCAUCAACAAAAAAAGUUAACAGAAUACAAACAAACGUGUGCACACACACAAAGACUGAGAGCAGAGUUUCCUUAUCUAAGUAAAAACGAAAAUUCACUUUUCAUAAAUAACGUUUCCUUCAUUACUUUCAUCCCCAAAAAAGUGUAUGUCUUGUGUAGUGUGUAACAAGUGCUGCUAUGAUCUAAAUAAGGUAAAUAACAGAACAUAACUGCAACAGAAAAGAAAUGCAUUCUAUGUACAUUUUGUUACUUCUAGUGGGGCAUGUAAUGUGCAUCCCUGAGAGGGUAUUUGUUAAACUUGCAAAUGGCGGAACAAGUCGGCCAAUACUGGUGCAACCCUUAUAUCAUCACCAUGGACUUCCUUAUGAUGGCACCUCUAAAGGCAAACAUAAGCUGCCAGUGCCUGAGGCUUUAUCUCAAGACCAUGAAAAUAAAGCAUCUGAACAAGGUGACAGUGUACAUGCUAAAGGUACAGGGGAAAUGAAUUCCAUUCAAGAAAAUAUUACUCGCAACUUGCCCAAGGAUUCACUUCAAGUUAAUCCACAAAUUGGCCCUAAGGAAAGUGACUCAUAUGGUAAAAAUGCAGCAGAAUCAAAUUCCCAACAAGAUCGUAUUGAUAAAAGUAAUGAUGCAUUUCAAGACAAGACACAGGAUGCCAAGACAUUAAAUGUUCACCCAUCAGUUUUAAGUGACAAUGGGGAUACAAACCUUAAUGAGAACUUUCAUCUUGGUGUUAUAAUGAAAGAUGAAGACAACUUCAGACUGGAACGUGACACUAAUUAUGAUGAUCCUGAUAUAACUAGGUCAACAGGAAUAAUUAUCUCUACGCUCGCACCAAUAACCAUCAAAACCACAAGUAAAGCAACAAGCGAGGAAACAAAGUACACGACAACAACUUCUAUAAAACCCACAACUACUCCAAAGGAACCCAUGAGCACAUCAUAUACCACAAGAGUUUCACCUACUUCACCUUUGACAAAUUCUCCUCCUCCAGUUCUUCCCUGCCAUGAGUCAUGCCUUAAAGCCCUAAAUGCAACACAUUUAUACUCAAACAACAGUUUAAUUCUCGGACAAGGGUCAGACCUCACACUUUUUUGUGAGCUCCCUCUUGAUGCAUCAUUCUAUAUUGAAAACCUAAUCUGGCUCUUUCACCCUUACAACAGCCCCAACGGCCAGUGUUCUCUGACGACACAAGAGUUUAUCUCCUCCUGUUAUGGGUUCCAGAGUGUCAAAAAUACUGAUGACCGCAACGAUACCUUCCUCAGAGAAACAAUUACUUUGGAUAAUAUCCAGGUGAACCACACUGGUCAAUACAUGUGUCAGGUUCAAAUAACAUGUUGUCCAGACAGUAAGGAGCACAUUAUGAAUCAAGAACGCAUCCUCCAGGUUACAGUACAAGUUUGGACAUCCAACUACACCCUUGACCUGACUGUGGCUGGUUCUACAGUUAUAUGCUUGUUGCUUCUUUUAAUCGGAGUGAACUAUUAUUUGCAUAAAUGUCGAAAUGAUGAUUAUGUUAUGGUUGAAGACCAAAUUAAAGAGAUGAAACCCACAACUGUGCUACAUUUGCCAUUAAUAGAAGACCAAGAUAAUGAUAGCUUUGACAGCAACUUUGAUGAAUAAGAAUAGUGCUUGCUAGUGAACUGCUGUAGCUUACAUUAACAUUGAUUAUGGUCAUGUGGCAAUAGCUGUGAAAUCACAUGCUCAUAUAAGACUUCUAACUGAAUCUUGAUAUACUGUACCUUGUAGUUUGCAAUAUUAUUCACUCCUAAUACAUGUUCUAGAGUAAGGAAGAGUACAUCAAUACUAUAUCAUUAUCAUGGACUAGAUGUACAGUAUUGUUCCCACUAAUUCUUCAGAAAAAGUUCUGAAAUCAUCUUAAUCAUUGUAUAUUUCCAAGACUAAUUGUAUAAAUGCCAUCUGUUUAUGUUUAA